AUGUUGAACCCUACUUUUAGUCUGUGGGAUGUGGGGUAUCCCUUGUAUUCCUAUGGCUCCAUCUUCAUCCUUAUCCUACUUAUCUGGCAAGUGAAAAGAAAUCAACGUGGUUUGUCACUGGAAUCUAAAAGGAGCUGCUGCCAGCGUCACCGGAAAGUCAGGCAAAGGGCUAGAGAUGCGGCAUCAAGAGCCAGGAGACUUUCCCAGGAAGAAGCUGAGAAGCCACGGGAGCUGAUCUCAGUCAUGAAAAGCCAGGGAUGGCUUCCUGAGGAGGAAAAUGUGCGGCGGCUUCUGUGUGCAGACCGCAGCUGCCACAUCUGCAACUCUGUGGCCCUGGAGAUUCACCAGUUGCUGGAGGGUGAGAACAUCCAGGCUUCCCCCACAACACUAGGGCCACCUCAAGUCUCUCCUUGUCUAGAGAUUCAGUCCACAUCCAAUGUGUCCCUUGAGCUUCAUCAAGAGCUACAUUCUGAGCACUCCGAAGAGCUGUCACUGGUAUCUAUAAUCCCAACAGUGAUACAAGUAACAGAUCCUGAAUACUUACCCCAGUCAGCUGCUAGGUCACCAAGUACAGUUGACAUCCAAGAACACUGGGCUGAUUUUGAUUUCCUCCAGCUUGAGGAGGAAUUUGAAAUGCCAGAUAUGAUCCUGGACCCAGAGACUAUGGCUUCUUCAGUGCUCGAGGAGCCUGGCUUUCCAGAGAAGCAGGAGGAGAUCAUCGAGAACACCUCCAGUCUUGUCACUGAGGAAGAAGAAUUCCAACAUUUGAAGUCCCAGGCUUCUUUGCUGUCCCUAAAUACAGAGGCCACUCAUUUGACACAUCCGAUGGCCUUUCAUAUAGAUGCAGUCCUCACUGAUGACUUGCCAUUUCUUAAUCCUAAUAUCCUGAGGCUUCUUGAAGUCCAUGUGAAAAAAUGGGUGCACUUCCAGAGGUGGGGGCUCCCUAGACGUGUGGAGGAGUCCCUGAGGCAGCUCAUGCCAAACACAACAUUAUUUUGGCAACCUGGAAAAAAUGAAUCAUUUUCCUAUGUCCUGGAUAAUGCUUCUAAGAUCUCUAUUGAAAAAAAAAGUACUGUUUACCAUCAGACCUGGGGUUCAUAUAUGACUGGCCAGCCCAUACAGAAAUUUUGGGUUUCUGAAUGGUCCAUAAUGGACUUAAAACAAAAUCACCACUGCCAGAAAAAUCAAACCCAUGUAGCCCUAGCUUCAUACACUGCAGCUACUACAGACCCAAGUGGCCAAUGUUCACUCUCUAAAGGUCAAACCUGUGACUCAGAAAGCUACCAGCAACAGAAAUACAGCCAGCUAUUCUGUGGCCUCCCCUCCCUGCACAGUGAGUCACUGGUUUCCACUCUCCUGGGCUCUCCAGGAAUCUCUAAGAAUGAGAAUCAGUCCAAGCCUUCCUUGAAGGAUCCUUCUGUCUUCAAGGAGCUUUCUCUCCUCCCUCUGAUGCCAAAAACUCCAACCCAGCCUGAUGAAUCUACUUCCCCACCUUCCUCAAAUUGGGUGUCUCCAUCUGACCAUCAACAAGCUCAGAUCCACGUCCCAUUUCUGACUCUGGCUGAAUAUGAAACCUUGGAAUGGCACCUGCUGCAGAGGCAGCUCCAGCUUCAGUGGGGCUUACCAGCUGCCUUCCGGAAAUCUCAGCAUCCCCACAGCACCAUGCAGCAGGAUCCCUAUGGCAAAGCCCGGUCUCUCGAGGCUGUAAAAACUUCCUGGUCGGGAAAGCCUGUCUCAGUCCUCACCAGGGAAUUGCUUUUCUUCCCAGAGCAUGCCCGGAGGAUGCUGGAAUUCCACCUCCAGAAGCAGGUGAUCCAUCACCGUUGGGGUCCACCCCAAAAAAUCCAGCAAUCCAUCCAACUGCUUCUUUCUUCCAUUGAGCAGCCAGUCCUUGCCUGGAGCAGUGAAGAAUUGCCCAAUGAAAGUAGACCCCAGGCUACAGCCCUAGAAACCAACAGGGACAGUGAUCUGCUCUCACCCACUGUGACUCCAAUACUGACCCCUAAGCCACACUUGUUCACCGAGGCCAAGGCACUGUUGCAGAACCACAUCACUUCUAAAUGUAUACAGAUCCAACAAGGCAAGGUCCCUGCACGUGUGUACAGCUCCUGGAGCUGCAGAAUUCCUGGGGGCCUAGCAGUGGUUCCCUUUUCCUGCAUUCCAGAGGUCCAGACCCUGGAGCUGCAGGAAGCAACUGACCCUGACCCACAUUAUGAAGUUGUGUCCUGGAUGCCAACAGUUCUUGAUCAGCAAGAACAGGCCUUACCACAUGCUGUCCCUAAACGUCAUAAGAUGCCCCAAGCUCUGUCUGAGGAAGCCAUUGAGAAACUGGAGACUACUUUACGACACAAGUACCUAGCCUUCCUGUCGGGGCUGCCUGCUCUUUAUUAUGUGGCUCUCUGCAGAGCCAUUACCCCACUGAUCAAUAACCAACCCAUAAUCACAGAGGCGGUAUCUGGGUCUACUAAGAGCCUAACAGAGGCCCCAACUCAAAUGAUAUCAUUUCAAGAACAACAUUUGAGUAUUGAGUCAGGCUUUCAAGAUGACAAUAAGAUGCCUAUAGACAAUGCAGAGGAGUUGCAGACUGAACAACAGACAGAAGGGACAAUGGAGAUGGUGCUUCCAGAAAAUCAGACACAGCCUGAUAAUCCAGACCCACCCAAGACACACAUCUUGACCAAACUCAAUUUCCACCUGAGGAAAAAGGUCUUAGAGAUACAAUUGGGAAUUCCCAUCAGGGCAAGGGUGUCCAGGGAAGAAAACAUUGCAAAUGUAGAGAACAUGUCUUCACAGGAGUCUCCUGAGAAUGUCAACAACCAAGAAGAAGCACUACCCCAGAAACCAGCCACCCGACCAAGUUGUCCUCUUGCCUUACAACCUGAAUGGGUCCUCUUCAAGGAGCAGCUGGCAACUGAGCUGAAGGCAAUCCAGCAGAGCCAAAAGCAACCUACCUCCAAAGAAGUGCCCCAUGGGGCUGCCAACUGGGCUUCCACGAUCUCUCAGCCCAGUGGGGACACAACACAGGCCCAGGUGCUUCAUGUCCAGGUGGAGACCAGUGAGAACAACCCCAGCCUGGAAGAAGCCUGGAGCCCUGAGCCCCAAAGCCCUGGCAAGAGCAAGGACUCAGCACCACUCCUCACACUGGCUAAGAAGAAAGAGGACCCAGGGCAACUCAGAGGAGCAGGAGACCAAGGGGAAGGGGAUGCAGGUCUUGGGCCCUCCGUAGCCCAAGAAGAAAGACUCCCUGUUGAAGAGCAAAGGCCAGCAGGGAUGCCUCUGAAGAGGACACUGCGAGGCUCCAGGAGACACAGCCAGAGCUUUCAUCUUGCCGAUCUCUGCCAACACAAACCCCAGAAUCACCCUCAGCUUAAGCCCCCAGAGCCACCUCCAGGAAGCCCUGGGAGGAAAGCUUCAGGAAAUGGCUUGCAAGAUAGCCGAGUCAAACUAAAUGUCCCUCUCCAACCACCAAAGAUUCUUGAGAAUGUCCAACCUAUGGUGGCCUGGGCUUCCCACGGCCAGCCUUCCCAGGGCCAACUCCUACAAGCUAAGUUUUCUCAGGGCCAUGCUUGGCCAAGUCAGCUUUUUCACGACCAAGUGAGGCCAGCCCACCCUCACAAGAGGCCCAGCCCUCCAGACUCAAACCUGAUAAAUAAGAUGAAAUCCUUCCUUCACUCCUUUAACCCCAAGACCAAAGGCAGUGUGUGCUUGGAAUCCACAUUCUGUGCAGCUGAGAAAGCAGCCAAAAGCAGAAAAGAGAAUGCUGAAAAGAGACAGGCUCCAGCCAAAAGGCCCACAAAGAGAAGUAAAACCGAGAAGCCAGCUGCACACCCCAAGGUCCAGUCUUCUCCCACUGAGAAACUGCUGGGCCCGGCUCUCCUGAGGAUCCCUCACUCCCCAGACAAUAAGCUCCGGUUCCGCUCCCAACAGCAAGGCUCUGCCCCAGUCUCGGCCUUCCCCCGCCACUGCCCUCGGCACUGUCCUCGAAUGGUUCGUGCCACCCAACCAGGGAACGCUUCUUAGCCUCCAGCCCUCACUUCAGAGAGAGACACUGGUAUGCUCAUGAAGACACCAGGGCAAGGAGAAAGAGUCUGUGGGUUCCCCCAAUCCUCUUGAAGCCUGCCUUGAAGAGGACUGCAUUUGUCAUUUCCCUUAAUGCACAGGUGAGCAGAGUCCCACCCCAAAUAUACUCUAUAUCUCUAAG